AUGAGUCCUCGCACCUUGGACCGUCUGAUCCUGCGAAUCAAAUCACCCGAAGUACUGGUGGGACAAGCGGUGACCGAGAUGUCUGAGGACAACAAAGAAAAGCCACCCUACCAGGCUCAGCGCUGUGAUUCUGGCUCUUGCGCCAUUCACCCAAUUCUGAAGAAGCCAGAUACAGCCCACAAAGCCCACCCUGUGGAAAGCGAGUCCCAUAAAAGCGCUCGUCUCCUUCUCGACACGCCCAUCGGCACAAAGAUCAUGCUUGAGCCAUCCAACUCACCAACCAGAAUGGCAUCGCCAACCCCCAUCCCCGAUCCACGCCCGACUCCCAAAAAGACAUACCUCACCGCGACUCGAACUGGUCGAGGCCCACGCCGCCGUCCUGUCUUCAACCGUCGCAGAUCCUCCCAGACCUCUAUUCCCAAGUCGCCUUCCACCGCAGCUGCUGCUGCUGCUCCGCGCCGACGCUCCGAGCCAGCCGUGAAACCCGAUAGAUCUGACGCCAUGUACGAAGACAGCUACGUGGAACUGGGACUUCUACAGCACCUCAGUUUCCGCGACGAAGAAGAUCAGAUCGCACGGGACCUUGGACGGGAAAUUGCGCCUGAGCCGAAGCCUGAAAAGCCAUCUGUCCCGCUGUUCGAUGAAGUCGAUGACGAUAUUCCCCUGCCUGACCCGAACGCAAAGAUAUCCGCUGUGCCAUUUCCUCGCGCUGCUUCACUGAAGCAUCCAAUUUUGAGCUCUGAGGAUCUGGGCCGCGUCAAGCAGUCUUUCGACGUUCAAGAUCUUGGUUCGCCCGGUCCCAAGUUCGAAAUUGAUGAUAUUGACGGAGAUUGGACGGAUGUCGACGCUCUUGACUCCACACUUCCCAUCUCUCAGCCAUUCAAGAAUCUAGUCGAGCACCAUGAGAUUGUUGCUGACAAGACUUGCUCGGCUAUGAACUCUGAUAUUGUCCCGGCUGUGGUGUCUGUCGACAAGAGCACUUUGAUGCCACCCACUAUGGAGAGCGUCAAGCUUUGA